GUAGAAGGAAGACAAACAUGGCGUCGGGACAGCAGUGGGUGUUGGUGGAGAUGGUGCAGGCGUUUUACGAGGCACCUGCGUAUCACCUGAUUCUGGAGGGGAUCCUCAUACUGUGGAUCAUCAGACUGCUGUUUUCUAAGACCUACAAACUUCAUGAAACAUAUAAACUGACAGAGAAGGAAAAGGAGGACCUGAUUGAGGAGUGGCAGCCAGAGCCUUUAGUUCCUGCUACUUCGAAAGAUCAUCCCUCCCUCAACUAUGUUGUUGUCACAGGACCUCCCAGCCACAAAAUCGUCAUUGAUGGGAAAGAAUGCAUUAAUUUUGCAUCAUUUAACUUCCUGGGUCUCCUGGACAAUAAGCGGGUUAAGGAAAAGGCUUUAGCAUCACUGAAGAAAUAUGGCGUGGGCACGUGUGGUCCAAGAGGUUUCUAUGGGACUUUUGAUGUCCAUCUGGAGCUGGAGAGUCGUCUUGCCAAAUUCAUGAAAACAGAAGAGGCCAUUAUCUAUUCAUAUGGCUUUGCAACCAUUGCUAGCGCAAUCCCUGCCUACUCCAAGAGGGGCGACAUCAUCUUUGUGGAUGAAGCAGCCUGUUUCUCCAUCCAGAAAGGUCUUCAGGCAUCCCGCAGCUUCAUCAAAUACUUUAAACAUAACGACAUGGAGGAUCUGGAGAGGCUGCUCAAGGAACAAGAGCUGGAGGACCAGAAGAAUCCUCGUAAAGCUCGAGUGACGCGGAAAUUCAUUGUCGUGGAAGGACUGUACAUCAACACUGCAGACAUCUGUCCUCUCCCAGAUCUGGUGAAGCUCAAGUACAAAUACAAGGUGCGGAUCUUUCUGGAGGAGAGCAUGUCUUUUGGUGUGUUGGGAGAACACGGCCGAGGAGUCACUGAACACUUUGGGGUCAAUAUAGAUGACAUUGACCUGAUCAGUGCUAACAUGGAGAAUGCUGUGGCUUCCAUUGGAGGCUUCUGCUGCGGGCGCUCGUUUGUCAUUGACCACCAGCGUCUGUCAGGCCAGGGCUACUGUUUCUCUGCCUCCCUGCCUCCCAUGCUGGCUGCUGCUGCCAUUGAGGCUCUCAACAUCAUGGAGGAAGAUCCAGACAUUUUUACUGUCCUGAGAGAAAAGUCUAAACAAAUCUACAUGGAUUUACAAGGAACUCCAGGUCUGAAGUUAGUAGGAGUACCCUUUGCCCCGGCUCUUCACUUACAGCUGGAGAAAAGUUCAGGCUGCAGAAACUCGGACAUGCAGCUGCUGCGCUCCAUUGUGGAUUAUUGUUUGGAAAAACAUGUGGUUCUGACCCUUGCUCGAUACCUGGAAAAAGAGGAGCGCUUCCUUCCCCCACCCAGUAUCAGAGUGGUGGUCACCAUCGAACAGACGGAGGACGACAUCCAGAAGGCUGUGUCUUGUAUCAAAGAGGCAGCGUCAGCUCUCCUCAAAUGACAGUGUAAUAUUUGUUACUGCUCAAAGUAAGCAGCUUCAGAAGGAGUCUUCUCCAUCACUGUGAGAAAAGCAUUCCUCCUACACAGACUCAGCUCUGCACACUGAAUGUGACAUGAGGAUCUCUUUUGUUUGUCUCUUUGUAAUUCUCUGCAUUUGUUGUCAUUUAUCAUGUGUUAUACUACAUGUGCCACAAGUGGGUUUUUAGCAGGACUGUCAGAACUCAUUUUUCUGCUGUAAACAAAAAUGACUUUCCACAGACCGAGUUGUUUUUGAUUUUUUUUGUACUGACCAAAGAUGAGACUUUGUGCAUAUUUUUUCUGAUAUGUUUGCAGUUGAUGUUAAGUUUUUAAAUGCCAAUGAUUGUUUUACCACAGAUGCACUCUUUCAACACAAAUUUACUACUGGAUUAUUUGUUCUGUUUUGCAGUUCUAUGUUAGUUCUCUUUUUCUGUGUCACUGCAUUUCUGACCAUUUACCUUUUAUUAACAGUAAAUAUGUCUCAUUUGAAAUGUA